AUGACUUCCUAUCAAGAGUUAACGGCCGAAGGGGAGAGUAGCCCUCUGUUCACGGGCUGCUGCCGAGCAAAAGAGGUCAUAAACCGGGACCUGGACUGCAGGGCUCAUCCUGAACUCGGCAGUCGGGACGAGGAGGGGAAACUGGAGGUUGAAGUAGCCUCAGGAUUUAAUACACCGCAUCCCCGGUACUUUACGCUCUCCAACAGUUUGACUUUGUGCACCUCUUUGGACAGCCCUCCUCCACCGUGUCAGACUCUGGAGGGCUUCUCGACACCGGCCUGCCCCCACUCGUCCCGUGUCCCCUGGCGGUGCAGGGCGCAGGGGCAGGGCUCUCCGGGACGCGGAUACUGCGCGUCAAAUCACAACGCAACGCUCCAAUCCGGUUUUGGGUCACUUCCAGAGCGUAUUCAAGACGACUCACAUAAUGGUCCCGAGAUUCACGUCGCCGUGGGGAGUUCAGCUGGCUCGGACUGUAGCGUGGCUGCUGUGGAUGUAAACAGUAAAACUUUUGGGUGGAUGAGAGUGAAGAGGAGUCAGCAACGGGCGGCCAGGAUGCACAUGACCUGCGGGUUCAGUAUUGUUGGCUCGGGCCUCGCUGCUGUGGAGGCUGGAAGCAGCAGCAUCUGCACGGACGGCCAUCCCACGGUGAACGGGGCCCCGAGGACCAGCUUCAGCACCAGGCAGCUGACCGAGCUGGAGAAGGAGUUCCACUUCAACAAGUACCUGACGCGGGCCAGGCGGGUGGAGGUCGCCGGCGCCCUGCAGCUCAGCGAGACGCAGGUGAAAGUUUGGUUUCAGAACAGACGCAUGAAGCAGAAGAAAUUACAGAGAGACGGGCUGCUCUCCGAUCCGUGGCCCGCGGCACCGCACUCGCACGCCCACACUCUGGACACCUGCCCCUCUCCUGGACCGUCCUCACCAUAACACCUGCCCUUGAGCCCCUGAGCCACAGCCAGCGUGCGUUACACAACGAGGGCGCCUGUCCUCCUGCCCGCCCGCCCGCCUGCAGAUGUUUUGAUUCCCGUUUGCAUCGGUUUCAAUCAGGCUUCACCAUUAUUUGCUUACCACGAUGGGUGCUUAUUGCAAGAAGCACAAUGGCAAGUUUCUUCAUGCAAGAACGGGUCAAAACAAUUUGUCAUCCUCCCCGGCUUCAGACUGACGCUCUGAUUUGAAUAUUGAAAUUCAAGUCAUUCCAUCGCGCUCCUCUCUAGCCAACACAAUGUAAACGAAGAAACAAAAUUCUAUUAAUUGUCCAUAGAAACUGUGGCAGACUGUUUAUUUGUGCUGUGCAAUUUAUUCAGAAAAUGAUUUAUUCCACAGGACACGUGCUUCUUAGCUUUGUUUAAAGCAGCACAGAUUAAUUAUUGUUAUUUAUUUAAGGUCUACAUCUGAUAAUGUUUAUUUAUUGGCACGGAAAGAAAAUACGUUUUAAGUCAGUUUUACUAAUUAUUCCACCGAAUCACACUUUUGCUCUUUCUCUCAGUCCAUUCCAGUUCCAACUUUACGGUGAUUUCUUUUAUUCUAAAAAGCCAUUUGUCUCUGGCAGCCCACAUUUGAGGGAGAAGUCAGCUGCACCUGUUGUAGACAAACAUCUUCAGCAUGAGGCGUUGGCUGAUAAUUAUCAGGCUAAUUCAGCCGAGCUGAGCUCAUGUUGCAGCCUAUUUGUCCGGCUUUAAGGUUUUUAUCAAGCCUCGUCCACGUAGAGAUUAAAAUGCCAUAAUUGACUGAUAGAUUUAUUGACCGCCAGUAUUUAGAGUAUUGAUCCGUGGUGGUCCAUCUAUUUGAGGCACAAAUCCGGGAGCGUCUGCAUGCAUCUGUAACUGCAUGUUAAUGGGAUGUAGAAACAUGACGGUCGGGAGCUGUUGCGUCUUUUAUUACCCCUAUACAUGCAUCAGAAAAUGAUAAUUUAGCUUGAACACUCAUGCGGGAGAGCAAGACAAUAAAACGCUGUCUGUGCUGUUUUGCAGAUCAACCAAUAAAUUGCGUGGCCCCAGCAGUUCGAGCUGCUAAAUAUUCCUUCCAGAUCCACAUCUCAUCCCAUAUAAAGUAAAUGAUUGUAAGCUCGGCUCUUAAACACUGUUAUGUUCCCGGUAUCGCGAUGCGUUUCUGUCACGUUAAUGUCUAUUAUAAUAUCAGGAUAUGAGCCAUCAGCCGCAUUAAUUCUCUGCGUGGGAAUAUUUUUUGUUUUGCUUUCAAUUAGCGUUGUUUGCGUGAAUGUGAAGGCUACCAGCUCCAAAGCGGAUAUUAAUGACAACAAAGGAAUUAAAGUUGAAGAAGCUUAGAAAUUAAUGUUUAAAAAAGGCAAGAGUCAAAAUGAAUUAAUUAGGCCCGUUUAAAACCUUUAACAGGUGUCCUCGUUGGGAUUUGGUGCGUAAAUAAUAUACUAGUGGCUCAUAAUAUAAAGAUGAGACAGUGGCGUGGACUGAAGGCAACAAGGCCAAGUAAAUGUAUGCACUUACACCGGAGUUCACCUCUCACCUCUUGACCUUUGUCUUGCCUUGGGACAACGAUGACCCGGUCAGCGGCUCAGAGAGAGAAAGAUGCACCAUUAAUUUCGGUGACCUCGAAGUCUGAGCAUUUUCCCUUUCUUUCGUUUUCUCUUUUUUCCCCAACAACUCCGAGCGCUUUUGUUCUGGUGGUGGGCCUCUGUGUCCACAAAAUAAUAUUUCAUCAAGCUGAAUAGAGGGGCGACCAGGCCAUAUGAUAAUUGUUCAUAUUAUAAUUCCAUACCAAGCCACAUAAUGCUUUUUUUCCCCUUACACCUAGAGCUAACCUAAUUUUUUGCCCUAUCUCUGAUUUUAAUAAGCCAAAAAAUAUGCUCCUGGCUCACUUUAUAAACUGGAUGAAAGAGUCUUUUCACCCAAUAGGUUUUUGUAUAUAAACUACAGACCUAUUUUUAAUAGCAAAGUUGAAAAAUUAAAGUUACUGGAGCAUACUUAACACUUAAUAUGAUUCCAUGUCAGAGCCAGUAUAAACAAAAUUUAGAACAACUAUUCAUUACAUGCCCACUGCUUAUAUAUUUCAUGCAUAUCUGCUUGAAUAAUUUUAAAGGAAUUUGGACAUUAAUCCGCUCCAAACAGCAUCUCUUGUGAUGUUCAUCUCAUUAAUAUUGACUGAGGGCUGGAGAGGAAUACGAGUUCAAGCUUAAAGGUCGGCAGAAGAGCUUUUGGCAGUGCAAACAUUUAAAAGUUUUAUUUGUAAUUGAUAUAAAUGUUUUUACAUGAAAGCUAGACCAGAAGUGUGCUGAGCCCAAUAUAUUUUAAAUUUGCAUUUACGCAAAAUGCACACCAUUAAGGCAUCCUUUCUCUAAACAAAAUAGCACAAAGUGGAAUGUUUAACAAAACAAUCAAAUGUGUCCCUCUUUUUUUUAUGCAAAUGUGCAUGCACUUGUGAAGGUUAUGAGGACGAUGAUGAUGGACACAGUGAUGACGAGAUGUGAGGCUAAAGCCUGUGAAUAUAAAAUGUCCACUGUUCCUACUAAGAAGUGUGUUGGGUUGACCUUAUUAGAAACUCUUUUAUCAUCUUGUGCAAAUAUGUUCCCUUGCUACAAGGCUUCAAGUUACAGGUUGUAAUAUGCACAGAGGGGGUUUGCAGCAGGUGUGCACUCAGACUUAUUUUAAAAUCCAAACUUACUUCAUCACAGUUUCUGCUGUAUAACAGAUUCACAUAGAAAUGCACAACAAUUUGAAAUAGUAGCAAGAAAAUGUAUGGGG